AUGCCGCUCUCCCCCGAACAAAUCCAGCUCAUCAAGGCCACCGUGCCGGUUCUCCAGCAACAUGGCACCAACAUUACCACCGUGUUCUACAGCAACAUGCUGACCGCCCACCCUGAGUUGAACGCCGUCUUCAACAACGCCAACAAGACGAACGGUCAUCAGCCCCGCGCCCUGGCUGGCGCCCUCUUUGCCUACGCGUCGCAUAUCGAUGACCUAGGAGCCCUGGGCCCCGCCGUCGAACUGAUCUGCAACAAGCAUGCCUCGCUGUAUAUCCAACCCGACCAAUACCAAAUCGUGGGCAAGUUCCUGUUGGAGGCCAUGGGCCAGGUCCUCGGCGAUGCGCUGACCCCCGAGAUCCUCGAUGCCUGGGCCACCGCGUACUGGCAACUUGCCGACCUGAUGAUCGGUCGCGAGGCCGAAUUGUACAAGCAGGCCGACGGCUGGACGGAAUUCCGCGACUUCCGUAUCGCAAAGAAGGUCCCCGAGUCCUCGGAGAUCACCUCAUUCUACCUCGAGCCCGUCGAUGGCAAGCCCCUCCCCAAGUUCCGCCCCGGCCAGUAUAUCUCCGUGCAGGUCUUCGUGGACUCGCUCAAGUUCCCCCAAUGCCGCCAAUACUCUCUGAGUGACGCUCCGCGGUCGGACUACUACCGGAUCAGUGUCAAGAGGGAGGCAGAUCAACGAGGCGACGUCGUCAAGGUCUCCCACCCCUUCGGUGACUUCUACCUCUCGGAUGCCGAGAGCCCCAACCCCAUCGUUCUCAUCGCCGCCGGUGUGGGUCUCACCCCGCUGACCUCCAUCCUCAAGACCCUCACCUCGAACCCCCCGGAUGCUCCCCAGCGCAAGAUUCACUUCAUCCACGGUGCUCGCUCUGCGGCUGCUCGUGCCUUUAAGAAGGACAUCGACUCCCUAUCAGAGAAGUACCAGGACCUGCACGCGACAUUCUUCGAAACCCACCCCGCUGCCGAGGAGAAGCAGGGCGAGGAUUACGACCACCAGGGCCGUGUUGAUAUUUCCAAGCUGGACAAGUCCAAGGAUCUGUUCCUCGACGAUCCCAAGACGGAAUACUAUGUCUGCGGCCCGGACCGUUUCAUGACCUCCACGCGUGCUGCGUUGGCCGCUGCGGGUGUCAGCGAGGAUCGCAUCAAGCUGGAGCUCUUCGGCACCGGCGGUGUGCCUGUUUAG